AUGCAGUACUCCCGUCUUCUUCUCUGCUUCGCCGCUCUCGUCGGCUCCGCCUUUGCCCUUCCCACUCCCGAAGCUCCCACGGACGAUGUUACCAUUGAGGGCUACACCGGUGCCGGAGGCCGAUCUAUUCUCAACGGCGUCGAGAUUAAGCGGGAUGACGCUACUGUCGAAGGCUACACUGGUGCUGGUGGCGUUUCCAUCCUGAACGGGAUCGAGCUCCCAGCUGAGAAGCGGGAUGACGCUACUAUCGAGGGCUACACUGGUGCCGGUGGCGUUUCGAUCUUGAAUGGAGUCGAGCUUCCGGCUGAGAAGCGCGACGAUGCGACUACCCAGGGAUAUACUGGUGCUGGUGGGGUCUCUAUUCUGAACGGUGUUGAGCUGCCUGAGGAUGAUGACAAGAUGGAUGCCUGGCUGCCUGAUUGCCUGACGGCCUCACCGCCUUGCGGGUUGACUGUUGACGUCCGCCGCGCGCGCGACUCCAACGAUCGACCAGUCGACAUGUUGUAUAAACAAGACCAAUUCAAGGAUUAUCCCUAUCCCCAGAAGGGCCCCGAUGUCCCUGCCACCUACGACCGGAAACCGAAUCCGCCGUUGCGCGGUUUCGUGGUGUGGUUCGUACCCAGUCUGAUCUGGCUGAAUGCGGGAUUCGGUGCAUUGCGGGAUAUUAAACCACAUCUCGAUUACACCGAGCCUCGAUAUGAUCCGACGGUGAUCCCGUUGCGCGCGGAGCAGUCCGAAGCCUCCGAUAACGAGAAUCCGUUCGAAGAACCGCCCUCCUCGUCGUUGUCUCCUUCCGCUGUGUCCCCCACCAAGUACUAUUCGGCUGCCGACUACCAUGCGCUAUACAAAUCAGGCGAGCUGACGCCGACGGCGGUCGUUGAGGCGCUUUUGCCGUUGAUUCGUCGGGAUUUGGAAACGCCUGGAAAACACUCGAUUGCGUUCGCUGAUAGUCAGGUUGAGGCUGUACGAGCAGCUGCGGAGGCGUCGACUCGUCGAUAUCGCGAGAACCGUCCGUUGGGAUUGUUCGACGGGGUCCUGACCGCCGUGAAGGAUGAAUUCGACGUUGACGGAUAUCGCACGUUUCUCGGCUCCCUGAACGACUAUACCCCGGAAGCGAAAGCGGAGGGCUCCAUCACGAACUGGUGUGUGCGACAGCUCCAGAAUGCCGGAGCGAUUCUCGUGGGGAAACUGUCCAUGCAUGAAUUCGGACUGGAUACCACCGGUAACAACGUCCAUUAUGGCACGCCGCCCAAUCCGUAUCAUCCCCAGUACUACACCGGAGGCAGUUCCUCGGGCUGUGCAUAUGCCGUCAGUACCGGUCUGGUUCCUCUGGCCUUAGGCACCGACGGGGGCGGCAGUGUGCGUAUCCCGUCAUCCUUCUGCUCCGUCGUGGGCCUGAAACCCACGCACAACCGGCUCUCGCAUUAUCCCGGCGUCAACUAUGCCAGCACAACGAGUGUCAUCGGGCCUCUUGCCUCCGACAUUCGCACCCUGGCCGAAACCUAUCGUAUCGUGGCUGCCCCUGGGCCCGACACCGCCUUCCCGGCGCCUGGACCACUGGUUCUGAAACCGUCGACCCGGGGAAAGAAGUACCUGGGCGUGUGCGAAAUCUGGUUCUCGCGCGCAUCCCCGGACGUGCAACGUCUUUGCCGAUCCCUUCUCGAUAAACUGGUAUCCGUGCACGACUACACCAUCGUGCCAAUCGAGAUCCCAUUCCUCGUAGAAGGCCAGAAUGCCCACGCCAUGACGAUCUUGAACGACGCCGCCGCCGUGCUAACAGAGACAAGCAACUUCUCCGCGGCCAACCGCAUCCUUCUCGCGCUGGGCCGAGCGACCCCGGCGACCGACUAUCUUCUCGCGCAGAAGCUGCGCCAAAUGCUCAUGCAGCACCUAUCUGCACUCUGGCAAGAAUUCCCCGGCAUGAUCAUCGUCACGCCCACGGCUGCGUGCACCGGGUGGCGCGUCAAGUCCUCCACCGAACUCAGCUGGGGUUUCAGCGAUGGCGACCAAACCCUCAAGGCCAUGGAGUAUGUCUGGCUGGCCAAUUUCACGGGGAUCCCUGCGCUCAGCGUCCCUGCGGGCUACGCGGACCCGGAGAAGGGCGCGCGCGGCGAGGGUAAAGUCCCGGUGGGACUGAUGGGUAAUGGUGAAUGGGGCAGCGAGGAAGGUCUGCUGCAGUGGGGAUUGCAGGUCGAAGAGAUCACGUCGGAGUUGCGAGAACGGCCCCCGAUCUGGGAAGAUGUGAUCCAGCGAGCGCGGGACUUGAACAGCACCACGGACAGCGAAGACGAGCACGAGUAA